CGCGUCUCGAAUGCAUGCCAAGCACAACGAGGUAAUGCGACAGUUGUUCGUCUGCGGUCCUUCUCCUCCCACCCACCUCCACUUUCCAUGAGGCAAGAUCUCCCUUUAGGAACUCUCCUUUUCACUGUUUUUACGUCCAUUCUUGAGGUUUUUCUUCUAUGUCUGGCUGGAUACAUCCUUGCUUCCAAAGGAAUCCUUGAUAAGAAGACACAAAAACAACUCAACAGACUAAACGUUUCCUUGUUUACGCCGGCGCUGUUAUUCUCAAAAGUUGCUUUCUUUCUAUCCCCCGAGAAAUUGAGAGAACUAUGGAUUAUUCCAUUGUUUUUUAUGGUCGUGACGGCUGUCUCCAUGACCGUUCCCUUUCUCCUUGGUUCAAUAUUCCGACUGAAAAAGUCACAAAGGGCGUUUGCCAUGGCAGCGUCCAUGUUCAUGAACUCGAAUUCUCUUCCGAUAGCUUUGAUGCAAAGUCUCGUCGUCACCAUGAACCAUGCUUUACGCUGGACUGACGAUGACACCAAGAACACGAUGCUCGGAAGGGCUUUGACGUACCUUGUGCUUUAUAGCACCCUUGGAAUGAUUUUGCGAUGGAGUUAUGGUGUGCGCCUUCUAUCUCAAGCUGACGACGAGGGUGCUAUCAGACUUCCGGUUAACGACGAAGAGCACGAGGACUUGAUCGAUUCAUCCCCAGAAUGCGACUUCGAUGAAACUUUCCGCCAUUACGUGAAUGGCAGUGGCUCGGACUCUGCUGCCACUCCACCAAUCAAACCCAGCAUACCUGCGAUUGUUAUCGAAGGCGUAUCGCGUCCUCCACGACCCCAACGCCAGCAAUCAAAAUUUUACAAUUCAUUUCCUAACUCACCGAAUCAGUCGCGUGUGGCUCUACCCGAAAUCGAGACAACCUCCAACUCACGUGUCAACUCUGACGACGAAAUGACUGAGGAUGAGGACAACAACCAUGAUUUUCGAUCUGGCACACUCCCUGUCCAUCGCGGACCCAGUCACGGAAGCCCUCAAUCAACCUUAUCCCGAAUCAGGCGCUUCUUUAAACCCACGAUGCGACGUUUUUAUCGAGCAUGGAGCAUUUUCAACGAGUUCAUGACAGUACCUCUUUGGGCUGCCCUUCUCUCGAUCAUUGUUGCCCUUGUUCAACCCCUGCAACAUGCACUCGACGUACACAUGCAACCUGUCAAGGGAGCCUUGACAAGUGCGGGUAAUUGUUCUAUCCCAGUAACCCUGGUCGUACUGGGUGCAUAUUUCUAUCCCACACCAAAAGAAGAGGCAAGUAACUCGAUACCAGCUGCCAAUGGCAGGACAAUUGGGGAGUCUAGUUCAACUUCUACAUUGAUCCACCACAUGAGAGAGGUCCUGCAAGAUCAUCAACAGCCCCCGUCUCAUACUGUAGAGAUCGGAGAGACUAAGACAGUUAUUAUCGCUGUACUCUCGAGAAUGAUCAUCACGCCUUUGUUGUUACUUCCGCUGCUGGCUUUCUCCGCGAAAUUUGACAUUCAACAGGUCUUCGAGGAUCCUGUCUUCGUCCUGUCAAAUGUUCUAUUGGUGGCAUCACCUCCCGCGUUGACCCUCGCACAGAUAACUCAAGCAGCUUCUGGCGAUGCGUUCGAGCGAUUGAUUAGUCGAACCAUCUUCUGGUCGUACUGUAUAUUAACGCCACCUACCACUAUACUCUAUGUUGUUGUUGGAUUACUUUUUUCACGGUUGUAGUUUCGACUUACUACCAAUCGGUAUUCUUAGGUCUUUUCUGGAGUGUUAUUUUUUAUCUAUUUCUCAUGUCUCAGCGUAUAGAAAUACAAUUCUUAGAUUCACGCCCAAAA